AUGGCCGACGUGAAGCCUCCUAGCGGAAAAUUGCCGUAUGGCACUCCCGAAGGCGGCUGGAAGGCAGUACACACAUGGAGAACUCCGGACUGGGUAGAACCAAUCCUGAUUGUAUCCAUCAUGCUCAUCGGCUUGUACGUCAGUCGGAGGAAGAACUAUUCGAUCCUCCGCCGCGGAAACGCGACAUACGAACCUCUAUUUGAAGAGAGAGGGGACUCACCCCGCAUCUCCGACGAGUCCUACGAUCCUAUCCGGACCGAUCCUUUCCCGCCCAAAUACCGUACCAUCUUUGGAUGCUAUCGCGUCAAGACCCCGAACUCGAGCCGUUUUGCGAGACAUGUUCACUCGAGAAUUCUGCAAAAGUUCCCCUUCCUCAUCGAAAUGUUCUACUGGGCCAUCUCCUUCUUCUUUUACCGCAUGACGGCAACCCUGGCUCAGAGCUACUACGGCAGCAGAAAGGCUGUCUGGGAUGUCGCACAGGAGCACGGCCUGUUUCUUCUCGAGACCGAGGCCAAGUUCUUCGGCGAGGGUACCAGAACCGGUCCCGAGCGCUGGGUUGAAUGGCGCGUUUCUCACUGGUUUCUCGAGGGCGCUCAAAUCGACGACUUCCGUGGCAUUUGGCUGACCAUCCUGAACCGCGGAUACUCCCUGAUCCAUAUCCCUGGUACCGUCGGCUUCAUUGCCUACUACUUCGCCAUGGCUCCCACUCACGCUCGCUUCUGCACUGUCCGUCGCACAAUGACCUUGUUGAACAUGUGUGCCUUCAUCAUCUUCAUCUUCUACCCGUGCGCGCCGCCCCGUCUGAUGCCCUCCGAGUACGGCUUCGUCGACACGGUCAACCUCGAGAACGCCGAGAGUGUCUGGAUGAGCGGCAAGUUCGUCAACAAGCUGGCUGCCAUGCCCUCUAUGCACUUUGGCUACGCCUUCGCCAUCGGCUGUGUUUUCAUCGCCGACUCGGCCAUCCUCAACCUUCUCUUUGGUCGCUUGAGGAACUACCUGCUGCGCAACGACUUGGACAAGUCGCUGGAUAUUGAUGACGUCGAGCUCAAGGAGAUCCAGGAGAACCGCGCACGCUGGAAGAGCUGGGCCAUGUUCUGCUUCGGUGUCUUUUAUCCGAGUUGGAUUCUGUUGACAAUCGUCGGCACCGCCAACCAUUACCUCAUGGACGCCUUCGUCGCUACCUUCUGCGCGUUGGUUGCGUACCUCUGCAAUCGUGCCCUGCUGGUUUUCCUCCCCGCUGAGGACAUGUUGCUCUGGGCCUUGAGACUGGAGAAGCCGGUGCCGACAACGGGCCGCAUGAAGAACAUUGCUGUCCGGUAG